UCUGUAAAUAUUGUUAUCUGAAGCCUUUUUAAUCUCGUGAUCCACCAAGCUCGUAUGUGGUUUUAGACUAAAUGAUUUUUGACAGAAAACGCUACGAUGAAUAUAUUCAGAUUUGCAGGGGACAUGACCCAUUUGGCCAGCGUCCUGGUUUUGCUCCUCAAGAUCCAUACCAUCAAAUCUUGCGCGGGAGUUUCUCUUAAGACACAAGAAUUGUAUGCGGUUGUUUUUGCCACUCGCUACUUGGAUUUAUUCACGACCUUUAUCUCUAUUUACAAUACCACUUUGAAGUUGAUAUUCUUGGGAAGCUCCUUCUCAAUUGUGUGGUACAUGAGGCAUCACAAAACUGUUCGGAGAUCAUAUGAUAAACAGCACGACACUUUCCGCCACGUUUUCCUUGUUAUUCCAUGUCUGCUUUUGGCCCUCGUUAUAAAUGAUAAGUUUACCUUCAAAGAGGUCAUGUGGACGUUCUCUAUAUACUUGGAAGCUGUUGCCAUCCUGCCUCAGCUCGUCUUGUUGCAGAGGACUAGAAAUAUCGACAACUUGACCGGACAAUAUGUUUUCCUUCUGGGUGCAUACCGUGCCUUCUACAUUCUGAACUGGAUUUAUCGCUACUUCACUGAGCCAUAUUACGUCCAUUCUUGGAUAACUUGGAUAUCGGGGCUUGUUCAGACACUGCUUUAUGCUGAUUUCUUCUAUUAUUACUUCCAAAGCUGGAAGAACAACUCGAAACUCGAGCUGCCAGCUUGAUCAUCGAGGAAAUGGUGUCUGCACUACUUGGAAGAGCAUCCAACAUAGCUUUUCUGGUUAUUUUAGAUGUUUUGCCUUGCACUUUGGACCUUUAUUCAGGCUUUAAAAUCUAGAUUUUUUUUUGGCUAAAGUAGGGCAAGUUAGAUCCCUCUUACUAAAUGAAAUGAGUAAAUGUUAUGUAGCAUAUGUUCAUUCUCCAUUUUUUGGGAUAUUGCACUAACUCCAUAUUUUAGCCAUUUUUAGGUAUCAAACUUGAUAAAACUCCUAGGGGCAUGCUACUAUUUGUGUUCUUCAAGUCAAAGACUCUGUGCCCGUGUUUAAUAGUUACAUUGAGUUUUGGCUAAUCAA